AUGACGACAUACGGGGAAAAAACGGUCAUUAAAGACUGGUCAUCAGAAACAGCGAAGAGGUACAGAGUAAUCGUCCACUAUGAACCGAUCGGGAUCCCACUGCACACACUUCGUGAAAGCAAAUCUUAUUACCUAAUUCCUCGUAAUUACUCAAAUUACCAUGAUUCAUUGUUUAUUCCUCGUUCUGUGAAGUUGACUUAUCCCUAG